AUGAACGGCGUACUCCAAAAUUCCGAGAUCCAACCCACCGCGGCCGCUGACCCAAGAACCCAAAUCUUCAAAUGGGUUACACAAACCGUCGACGGAUCCACCGUCCACGGCGUCGAAAACGAGCUUCUAGUUCUACAGAAAAUGCUCGAGAAACCAACUAUCGGCGGCGGCGGAGACGGCUUCAGAGCUAUUGGAAUCAUCGGAGUACGAGGUAUCGGAAAAUCAACAAUUGCUCGAGCCUUUCUCCAAAAGUCAGAAGUAAAAUCCAAGUUCCUCCCCAGAAUUUGGAUCUCGAUGUCGAGAAAUUUCACAGAAGACGACGAUCCCAAAAUCGCUCUUCUGAAGAGAAUCCUGAUCACUCUCGGAGUUGACACGAAGUUUCCCGGCGGCGAAACACUCGGCAGCCUCCUCUACGCUCUCCGACUUCAACUGAGAGGCAAACGAUAUCUGAUUGUGCUGGAUGAUGUUCAAGAAUUUAAAACAGAGAAAGAACAGAAUGAUUGGUACUGGGAUUUGAAUUCUUGUGAGAAGAUUGGGGAGAAAUUAAGAGAUGGGUUUCCUAAAGGGAAUGGAGGGGUUGUGAUUUUGACGAGUAGAAGUGAGAAAGCUGCAAAAGCUAUGGUGGGAGAGGGAAAUUUGAGGUGUUUGGUUCCUCAGAAAGACCCAGAAAGUUUCUGGGAAAUUUUCCGGCAAGAAGUUGUGAAAGAUGGAGUUUCGAUCCCUGAUGAAAUCUUGAAUUUCAAGGAAUUGAAAGUGAAAUUGCUGAAGAAAUGUGAUGGAAUGUCUAUUUGA